AUGAUUUUUGGAUUUGAUUGUGCAGGUGCUGCUAUUGGUACUGCUAAAUCAGGUAUCGGUAUCUCAGGUAUUGGUACUUUUAAACCAGAAUUAAUUAUGAAAUCUUUAAUACCUGUUGUUAUGAGUGGUAUUUUAUCAGUUUAUGGUUUAGUUGUUUCUGUUUUAAUUGCAGGUGGGUUAUCACCAACUGAAGAAUAUACUUUAUUUAAUGGGUUUAUGCAUUUAGCUUGUGGAUUAGCUGUCGGAUUUGCAUGUUUAUCAAGUGGUUAUGCAAUUGGAAUUGUUGGUGAUGAAGGUGUACGAAAAUAUAUGCAUCAACCAAGAUUAUUUGUUGGUAUUGUUUUGAUUUUAAUUUUUGCUGAAGUUUUAGGUUUAUAUGGAAUGAUUAUUGCAUUGAUUUUAAAUACUAAAGGUUCUGGUUAA